AAACGGACAGGGCCAACGGUGUCAGGCCGAGCAAACAACAAGAGCAACUUGUAUACCGGUUCAUUUUGGUAGCUUGAACCUUUGACUGCUUGGAAAGCAACAACAACAAGAAGUGAGACAAGCGUGCAUUCGAAAGCUUUUAGCUCUCAGAGGCUCCUUAGUAUAAAAGUCGGCCUUAACAGGCUAACAGCUCGCAAACAAAACUCGACGCUUGCACGCAACACAGCUCUUUGGACACAAAUAAACACACAAUUGUCUUUACAGCUGACAAAAGAUGAAAGCAACGCUGGCAAUAUUAGUUAUGUGCGUGUUGGCCAGUUUAGCAACGGCCGCUGCCGGAGAUAAAAAGUACACUGAAAAAUUCGACAAUGUUAAUGUGGACGAGGUGCUGGGCAACACUCGUAUUUUAAAUGCUUAUAUCAAGUGUCUAAUGGGCACAGGCUCCUGCUCGCCUGAGGGCCGUGAAUUGAAAAAGUUGCUGCCGGAUGCAUUGCAAACGGAUUGCUCCAAGUGCUCCGAUGUGCAGCGUCGCAACUCCAACAAGGUGAUCAACUUCCUGCGCAAUAACAAGGCUGGCGAGUGGAAACUGCUGCUUGAUAAGUACGAUGCCAAUGGCGCCUACAGAGCCAGACACAAUAUUAAAAAUUAAUCAGUAAAUGGAAGUA